AAAGUAAAAGCAGCAUAAUUAGAUGAAGGCAGAAGCAGUAUUUACACACUGCAAUGGACUCCUCCAGUCGUACUGUAUCCAUUAUACUAUGUGCACUACUAAUAUCUGGAAACUGGUCCACUGAAGAGGGGGCAUUCUUAAAACUUCCAUGUUUGUAUGAAAAGUUUACUGGUGAUCAGUGGCUGGCGGACCCUACUCUUCCCCCAAACAAAGCUUUGCUUGUACUAAGAAGUAAUCAAGAACUUGAUGUAGAGCAUCUUGAUUUUGAAGGUGUUAAAUUUAUUUUUAAAGACUCACCAGUGAAUUUGAUGCCCUUUUUAAAGGAGGAUUCAGAAGAUCUACAUUGUGAGAUCAAAUCCUAUUUCACAGACAACACACAGAUCCUGUGGCCAGGGGUACCAACCAGAGGCAACACCCUGGACUCUUGGUACAUCGGAAGAGUACAGCACAGGGGUGACAAGUUUCACAUCACAGCAUUUUUCACCAGACUUUCUGAGACCCCAUCGGUAGAAGAGAAAGAAGAUGACACACGCCCUGUGCUAGCUACUUUUAUGGUUCGUACCCAAACCCCUAAAGUCUACGGAAGGUUGAAGCAGAAUGUGUUGUUGGACUGCGUAUUCACUGUGGAUCAUCGGACGGAUGUGUCUGUCACUUGGAGUUACCAGGGUAAAGGAAGGAGAGAUGUAAAAUUACUUUCUUACAAUGCAUCCACAAAAAAGCUACAAUACAACAGCAAGGAAGUUCUGAUGCAGAUGGCUGGAUUACAAAAUGGAAAUGCGUCUCUUCUUGUGAGCAAUUUAACUAUGGAGAAUGAAGGACUGUUCACCUGCACUAUAUCUGUGGCCUCUCUCUUUGCGGACCAACAAAUUCGUCUCAAAAUCAGAGAAAGUCCCAGGGUCACUACAAAUGUGGAUUCAGUGUCACUAAAAGAAGGGCAAGAACAGAAGUUUGUUUGUGAUGCCUCCAAUUACUAUCCAUUGGAUGUCAACAUUGAAUGGCUGCGAGAGGACAAAUAUAGCAGACUUUUGCCAACCUUAGUGUCGCAUGUUAUCUACAGCACCCACAAGAACUACCGUGACGGUACCUACAGCCUGUCUGGGUUCUUCCUGUACAGAGCCUCUCUCCGAGACAAUGGUGUAACAUACACCUGUCGUGUGGAACAUGAAAGUCUCAAGCAACCACUAAAGAAGAGUGUGAGAGUAACCGUUUUAGAAUCCACAGAAUGGAACUUGGAUGAAACAGAUUGUCUUACCAAUACCCUGAUCCUGAUCAUUGUCAUUAUCCUUGUAGGGAUACUGCUAUUCCUGGUGAAAAUAUAUUGCACAGGAGGAAGCGACAGUAAGUCAAAGUUAUACUAAGAAGUGGCGAAAUUAAUAUAAUACAGAUUUUUACCUGCAAAUGAAACAAAACAUUUCUGACGAUAAGCUUGAAAUAAAUGAACCAUUAAACAGAGUCCCAUGGAACGGACACACAUCAAUAUCUCGUAUACAGACGGGUGUUUUGGAGAACAUCAAAUGCUGGAUUAUAAAAUGGCCGCUGACAUUAGAAUGGGAUGGAACAUAUAACCUGAUUCCCAAGAGGCUGAAAAGCCAUUUCAGGUGAUGUCCCUAAGUAGAACAAACAAUGUGGGAGUCUUGAGGAUUUUUUUUUUUUUUUUUUGGAAGGGGGGGGCUCUAUGUAUUAAUACACAAUUGUCUUAAAGCCAUAGGCAAAAUAAUUCUGGAGCUUAUAUCAAUACACAGUGUAAUGUGAACAGAUGUGCUGUAAUCCGGUGCAACCAAUCUGAUUUAACACUCUAAACUGCUAGUAAAUAAAAAGUACCUAGAAUCUGAUUGGUUGCUACUAGUUACAGUGCAUUACUAGGAGUCGCACUGUUACUACACAGUCGCAAUAUGUACAGUACCAUAAAUUAAAUUUAUAUCCACUGGUUUCUAUUCAAUUUUAGUCCUUUAACACUUCCGAAACAAAGCUUUUUCAUGAUGUUUUUCCUUUCAGCUAUAUAACCCUGUUGACUUCAUCCUUUUGGUAAAUAAAAAGUAUAAAUUUAUCAUGUUUGGGACAAAGCAAAGCAGAAUGAUCGCUGCACAAGAGAGACCGCUGUUGAGACGGAAAGUCAGGUCUCUGUAACCUUUGGCUAGAUAAUCAGAUUCCUGUCUGAAAUGCUGAAUAACAUAUUGUAAACAAUCGAGUUUAUCUGCAUAAUCCACAGAUGUGCAAUGUCCGCUGCCCAGCCCGGUACACAGAGGCGUUUGGUCUAUUUUCAAGUUAUCUCUGUUUGAACCUGGAAACGUUGAUGCUUAUGCUGGACAUACUUUAGCAAUUUCAAAAUUGUUAAUUAUAACAGUUGCCAAACAUAGUUUGAUGACAAUUCCUGCAACUCCUAGGGUAUUACAGUUAGGCCUCUAUUUCAGACUUGUAGAAGUUGUUGUUUGCAUGUCCUUUACAUAAAGGAAAUUUCCUUCAUACAGUAUACAGUAUACCACCACGUCGGCUUAGAUAAGAGAUGAUAAUGAAAACCACCACUCCAAAAAUAAACUCGCAGGUAAAUGAAUCCAUUAUGUACCAAUAUAUAGAACUACUCUCCAAAGACAUGAUUGAUAAGUAUAUCCAGCGGGAUGCAGUCAUGUGACCAGUGUUCGGGCUCCCGGCGGUCACUAUGCCGACGCCGGGAUCCUGAGCGCUCAAAAUGCCGGCCGACGGAAUGCUGACCUACAGGGUCUAUUCCCACUCAUGGGUGUCCACGACACCCAUGGAGUGGAAAUAGAACCUGUGGCAAGCUUUGUUGCACUCGCCCCCCUACCACCGGCAUUCUGCUGCCAGGAUCCCGGGGUCGGUAUGCCGGCCGCCGGGAUCACGAUCCCAACCUUAUCCAGCAUACUGUCAUACUGUUAGUAGAUUCAGUUAUAUAUUUUUAUACAUUUGUGCAAUUUAAUAAAAUGUUAAAAGUGAUGUUUGUCUGGUCACUGUAAGUGUUGAAUACAGUAGAUUUUUUUUACUGUAAGUAAUAAAGAUGUUCUUCCCUCACCCCGAGCCAGCGUUUGCUGAUCUGCCCCCAGUCGCUUUCUCUCUCUCUCUCUCUACUGGGCAUCCAAUCACCUCUGCUCUGAGGAAGAUCUGUCGUCCCCCACCCGGUGGACACUGUGGAUGGCGGGCAGGACUUUGCCUGAUAUGUGGGACUGUCCUGUCAAAUAUUGUGACGGGUGGGACUCGGAGGUCUGGUAUAUAACAUUUCCCUUGCUAUAUGCAUUUAGUAAUAUCAGUAGAUGCAUGUUCUGUCAUAUGACAAAAACAAACAGAAAAGUACAAAGUCUCCCAGUGGUACUAAUGUCAAAUCCCAGUCGCUUGCUAAAAAAAUUAAAUAAUAUUUGACAGUG